AUCGCCGUGCAACGAUGAUUAGUGACACCGAUGUAGAGGUAAGAACACAGCAUAUUGCAAAUUACUUGGAAGUUCAUUGUUUACAAUGUCACUAAAGGAUUGUGGCGAUAGUAAUUGGAGAGUCAAGUCACAAUCAAUUCCAGGGAACAUCUACACUAUUAAGAAGCUUAGACAAGCAUGUCCUCAGUCUCAUUGCACCUCCUUCAAUUGCCCCGUGUGUGGAUGCUGUCGGGAUAUGUACGAAUGCAGUUGCUUUGACUUUGCUACUGGUCAUCUAUGUAAACAUAUUCAUAAAGUAUGUGCCAUAUCUACCAGCCAUUCUACAGAUCCUGAUGAAGACACUGCAGAGAAUGAUUGUGAAGCCAAUCAUCCAAACAGCCAUCCUCAAGCUCAGGUCAAUAGUCAAAACCCAACGGUUCUUUCUGUACCAGCAGAAGACCCACAAAUAUCUUCCAAAGCAAGUGCAACACAACUCAAUUUGGUGACAACACUUUGUCACACGAUAUGCCAAAGAAUUGAACAAGGCAAUUUUAACAUUAUGUAUUUGCCAAAUGUGCUGUCUCACCUCAAACAAGCAGAAUUAACAAGCAGACUUGAUCAGCAUACACCAUCUACAUCAAUGUACAAGAAAUCAAAAACAGUGGCUCCAAGAAAGAAGAAUGAUUAG